GGGUUUGAGAUUACACAUAUUUCUGGGGUUGGCGGAGACGAUAAACUAAACAAGGUUAAAAACCAGGACAGGUCUUAUGCAUCACGCUUUAAUAUACUGGUUUGGUCCGGUUUGUGAAGUAAGGUAACCACUCUUUGUCAAAAUAGAACGAACUUGAAAUGCAAAGCCUUUUUUUUUUCCAGAUGAUGUGACGAUCAUAAUUGGUUUUGCAACUGCGGACGUGUUUAGUUUCUAUUUGCAUGUUCCUUUAAAAGUGGCGUACACCCAUGAUAGUAUAGAUGUGAAAUUUAUCGAUUCAAUCAAUAACUGCCCAAACAAGAAAAGAAAUCUGUAUUGAUGCCUUUCCAUACUCGAAUCUUUGCUGUACACUGUGAAAUAUGCCAGGUAAAGGUCUGCUUGAGAGAUUGAAAAAUGGCGAGAGUCUUGUUGUGGCAGAGGGUUAUAUAUUUGAAUUUGAGAGGCGUGGUUACCUGAAGUCAGGAAGUUUUGUUCCUGAAGUGGUACUUGAUCAUCCCGAACUUGUCAAAUCAUUACAUGAAGAGUAUGUUCACGCCGGAAGUGACGUAGUACUUGCAUUCACGUAUUAUGCUCACCGUGAAAAACUCAGACUUAUCAACAGAGAAUCCGAUCUGAAAACUAUGAACAUGAAAGCCUUAGAAAUAGCGCGGGAAGUGGCAGACCAAACUGGUACAUUAAUGGCGGGAAAUAUUUGCAAUUCCACUGUGUACAAGAAGGGAGACGAACAGGCAAUUAACAAAACACAGGGCAUGUUUAAGGAACAGAUAGAAUGGGCGGUUGAGGGCGGUGCAGACUUUAUCGUUGCGGAGACGUUUGGAGAAUUUGGAGAGGCUAUGUUAGCCUUGGAAUCUAUCAAACAAUACGGGAAAGGCUUGCCUGCCGUCAUAACACUGUCGGUCCCAAUGACAAUGAUGAUGCAUGACGGGAUACCUGUUGACGAAGCCUGCAAACGAUUGGAAGAUGCUGGGGCGGAUGUUGUAGGGUUGAACUGUGGACGGGGUCCAGAAACAAUCAUUGAACCCCUGAAACUCGUUCGAAAAGCUUGCAGAGGACCAAUCGCAGCACUGCCUGUUCCAUACAGAACAAACGAUAAUCAAGUGACAUUCUUCUCUUUAACAGUACCGGGAACAGAAAAACCAGCAUUUCCUCUAGAUCUCUCUUCCUGUUACUGCACUCGCGAGGAAAUUCGGAAGUUUGCAGAAGAGUGUAAGAAUCUAGGUAUCCAAUAUGUUGGCCUGUGUUGUGGAAAUGCACCUCAUUUCCUGAGAGAGGUUGCAGGUGUUUAUGGAACACCAGCGGCAGCUUUAAAAUAUUCACCAGAAAUGGAAAAGCAUUUCAUUUUUGGAGACGAGAAGAAAAAUGAUCCUUAUUUCACCAAAACAUACAAAGACGCCAUCACGAAGAAAUGAGUUUAUUUGUAACAAUUAUCCCAUAAUGCACUGAAUCCCUCAGAACUUGUAUUGUAAAUAUAUAUCAAAUAUGUAAGUUUUUAUCUAUAUUCACUUUGAUGGUAUGAGAAAGGGUAGUUAUGUAUAUAUAUUUUUUAUCUAUCUAAUAUUGCUACGAAAGUGUUAGCUAUUUGUUCAACGUUACAGUGAAAUCAACUUUGAUUGGUAGUUAGCUGAUGAUAUUGAUUUAAAUGUUGGAGUUUGUAUUGCUUGUAUAGGGUAUACAUCCUAAUGUCUGUCGUUUAUCAGAUGUAAUGGCGUCAUACAAUCACAAGACCAGAGCUACAUUGUAUAUUUCAAUAUCAAAUUACAAAGUCGUAAACCUUUUACAAAA